GUCAUCAAAUACCAGUGGUUACGGAUAAGCAGUUACAGGCUGCGGGUGAGCUUUGUUCUGAGAACAAUCGAUUCAGGCAGUUUUUGGUUCCUUUCUUUGCGGAUUAAAGCUGUUGCUUUGGACGAGAUCGGUCCAUUUGCUUCUUCAUCUCGCAGCUGCUGACGUUGACAAUUUGCGAACCUCAGGUCAGUCUAUUACAAAAUGCCACAAUACACAUUGCACUACUUUAAUGUCAGGGGACUUGGAGAGCUGAUCCGCCUCAUCUUUGUGCAAGCUGGGCAGGAGUUCACAGAUCACAGGUUUGAAGGGACUGAGUGGGCUGAAGAAAAAAAGAAUAAUGCAUCUCGUUAUCCAUUCGGAUGUGCACCAUCUCUUGAGAUUGAUGAUAAAGUCUUGCCAGAGUCAACGGCCAUUGCAAGAUAUGUUGCUGGAGAGCUUGGUUUGGCAGGUAAGGACAACUUAGAGAAAGCUUGGUGUGAUGCCGUUGUCGGCGUCCUCAAGGAUGUCAGAAAGGAAUGUCAGCCAUUUACCCCAUAUUACAGAAAAGAAGCAGACGAUGCAAAAUUUGAGCAACUCAAAACUGAAGCAUUCACAGGGAAAAUUGCAAACAAGCUUGCAGCUUUGGAAAACACGUUAAAAUCAAAUAACAAUGGAGCUGGAUUCUUGGUUGGAGAUCAGGUAACAUGGGCAGAUUUGUCCUUUCUUGACACUGCAUGCAUCAUGCUCGAGAUGAAACCAGGAUGUCUUGAUGCAACACCAUUGCUUAAGGCACUGUUUGAUCGGCUGAAUGCUCUACCAAACAUUAAGAAGCACAUCGAAACCCGUCCAAAGACCACCAUGCAGAACUCCAAAAUGCCUCAGUACAAAUUGCGUUACUUCAAUGUCAGAGGAGUGGCAGAGCUGACUCGGUUGAUCUUUGCACAAGCAGGAGUGGAAUACACUGAUCACAGAAUUGAGAUGAACGAAUGGGCGGAAGAGAAGAAGAACUCUGUCCUGUAUCCAUUGGGAGUGAUACCCACACUAGAAGUCGAUGGCAAGAUUCUCCCGGAGGCAAUUCCACUGGCAAGAUACGUCGCUGUAGAAUUCGGCCUUGCUGGAAAGGACAACUGGCAAAGAGGUUGGUGUGACGUCAUUGUCGAUGUACUGAAGGAGCUGAGGGGUGAUUUUAAGCCUUUCAUCCCUUUCUAUAGAACGGAAAAGGAUGACGCUAAGUUUGAGGAGCAAAAAGCACAAACAUUUGCGGAUCAAGUUCCAAAAAAGCUUGCAAUUUUGGAAAGAUUUUUAAAAUCAAACAACGAAGGAAAAGGAUUUUUCAUAGGCGAAGGGCUAACGUGGGCUGACUUGUAUUAUAUUGACAACGCCGGGAUCCUACUAGAAUUAAAGCCUGGGUGUCUUGAUGGAACACCUUUGCUCAAGGCCUUAUUUGAUCGAGUGCAUGAUCUUCCCAACAUCAAGAAGCAUGUUGAAACACGUCCAAAGACCUUCAUGUAACUUUCAUGAUUUAAUUUAACUGUCAAGAUAUUUGUCAAAGGUGGAAUGUAUAUA